AGGUUUCAGUGAAAUGGGUGACUUUCGUCAGUAUGUUUGCCUUGGAAGAAGCUCUGAAAGGACGUUUGAAAAUGAUUCCAUUUGACUCAAUCGAAGCACUCGACGUUGUCCUCCGAUACUCCCUGUCAUCACAGUACAUUUCCAUUGGUCGCUCGUUUUUCUCUCCACCAGUUAGGAACGUGAAUUCCGCCAAUCUGGAAUGUGGUCGCGAAGUGUGGUUUGGAUUUCAUCAGAGUGUCCGACCUUCUCAAUGGAAGAUGCUUGUGAAUAUUGAUUGUAAGUUGACGAAGUCUGUAGAAUGGCGAGUUUUGUUGUAUAUACUGUGAUAACACUUUUUCCUCACACUUUAAUAGUGUUAGAUGCAUAGAUUUUACGGCUCCUCAGGCAUGGCUGAAGAAAUAAAAUUUGCCAAACUUGAGAACUUGGGCUGGAUUAACAGAACGCUUCCAUACAGGCUUUUAGCCAGAAGGGUAUCCAGGUGUCCUGGGAUGCCCUACAAAGAAAAAAUGGAUGCCGUUGGAAGACCAAAAUUCUGGGGGAAAGGGUCAAUGUCCAAUGAUUUCCCUAAAUAUAUUAAUAUAUCUGAAACGAAAUAGCUUAAAUUCAAUAGUACAUUUGACAUUUUCAUCAAUUUGAUGGUGUACCUGGUUGAAUGAAAAUGUCAUAUUUAAGUAAAGAGCAUAUGUAGCGGCACAAAACUCGCAAAGCCAAGUGUGUUUGCAAAAUCUCGAAUGAGCUUUAGUAGGCUGGACGCCUAUUCUCAGCCCGAAAUUAAAUUCGCAACAAAUUCUGGCUGCGAGAAGGCUAGCUGAACAGAUAGUGACAUGAAGUAACGUAAACCUCUAAUACUGUUUAAGAGUCUCAGACCAUUGAACUAUAAAUAAACUGGAAGGCUAACUCAGGGGGGGGGGAAUUGAAGCCAGUGCAUUUUAGUUUUUCUGAGUUAUGAGCAGAAAUACUCAACACUGAACGUUGGGCUAUAUAUCAAAUUGUGAAGCUAUUGAAAAACGCUAUUUGGUGUAGAAAUUUCAAGACUUUAGCUAAAAGCUCUGAGCUAAAAGGGAAAUAUUGAAAAACUACAAACAUAAUUACCGAUAAUUUGCCGUUUUGCAGUUGUUUUUGUAUUUUUUAAAUAUUUUUCUUUUCGCUGAAGUCUUGAAAUUUCCACACCGAAUAGCAAUUUUCAAUAGCUUCAAUUUGAUAUAUAGCCUGACGUUUGGGAUCAAGUAUUUCUGCUCAUAACUCAGAAAAACUAUUUUGGUUUCAUCAAAUCAUAGGCCUUCAUCAUAGCAGUUAGCCUUCCAGUUUAUUUAUAGUUCAAUGUCUCAGACCCAAACUUCAAAGGUAUUCCAGAGGAGCGUUUUCUUAAACCCUCCUACUCUAGAUGUGUCAUUAUAUCAAAAUUGGACACCUUCUUGGCCUCUUUCAAGAUGCUGGCUAAAAGCCUGCUUCCAUGCUGUAACUUCAGCUAUCAAUGGACCAAUCCCCAAUUAACCAAAAUUUUGAACUCAACAAGUCUAGACAAAAUUUCAUCAUAGCAUGAAAGAGCAUCACAAAAUUAGUAAUAUUCCAAAGUUUCGUUGCAAAAUGUUGUAAAAUGCGGAUAAUAUAGCCUUGCGAAAUUUGCAAUUUUCAGUCAUAUUUUGUAUUACAAGCGGGAAACGGUUACCACUUUUUCAAAAUUUUGAUCUUAACUAGCCUAAACAAAAAUUUUAUCACAGCUUGAAAGAGCAUCACAAAAUUAGUAAUAUUCCAAAGUUUCGUUGCAAAAUGUUGUAAAAUGCGGAUAAUAUAGCUUUGCGAAGUUUGUAAUUUUCAGUCAUUUUGUAUUAACCAUUUCCCGUUCAAAUUUUGCAAGGCUAUAUUAUCCGCAUUUUACAACAUUUUGCAACGAAACUUUGGAAUAUUACCAAUUUUGUGAUGCUCUUUCAAGCUGUGAUGAGAUUUUUGUCUAGACUUGUUGAGUUCAAAAUUUUGAUUAAUAUGGGAUUGGUCCAUUUUUCACUUUUUUCUUAGCUUCUGCCACUGCCUUUCAUAAAGCGAUCUCGGUGAUAGAAUUUCUGUCUGAAGUCAUUGGUGAAAAUCCCCAGAGAUUGCAUCUUCGAUCAAGUCUGAAUGAAGAAGACAGAACGAAAUUCAUCAAAGAAAUUAAAGGUGCGUGACUUUGUGUAUUUGACAUGCGCAAAAACCUACCCUCUUUUAUUUGAAAGACAGGAAUGUCUCAAAAAACGGGGGCUAGUCACUUUAUUUAACUUAUUGAGCACCAACACGACAAGUAAAAUCGUCUGGCAUUAGACAGAGUAAAAUAAAAAAAAAUAGGGUGAUUUCAGAACCACAUUGUACACUUUGUGAGUGUUGUAGGCACGAGGGUUAGUGUCCCUGUUCCCCUAACUUAGGUAGGCUGGAGGGGAUAUUUUGGAACUAUGAAAAUCUUACGAUUUGUUGGUGUGUAAUUAUUGUUGAAAUUACUGUCACUUUUCACACAAUGAAUUACUGGUUUCUAAAGCAGUAGGGAAGUGCAAUGUCCCUUUUCACAUUGUACACUUUGUGAAUGUUGUAGGCAUGUGGGUAGUGUCCUUGUCCCCCCCACUUAGGUAGGCUGGAGGGGAUAUUUGGGAACCGUGAAAAUCUUACGAUUUGUUGGUGUGUAAUUAUUGUUAAAAUUACUGCCACUUUUCACACAGAUGAAUUACUGGUUUCUAAAGCAGUAGGGAAGUGCAAUGUCCCUUUUCACAUUGUACAAUUUGUGAAUGUUGUAGGCAUGUGGGUUAGUGUCCCUAUUCCCCCAACUUAGGUUGGCUGGAGGGGAUAUUUGGGAACCGUGAAAAUCUUACGAUUUGUUGGUGUUUAAUUAUUGUUAAAAUCUCGGUUAAAAUUACUGCUACUUUUCACACAGAUGAAUUACUGGUUUCUAAAGCUGUAGGGAAGUGCAAUAUCCCGUUUUACAUUGUACACUUUGUGAAUGUUGUAGGCAUGUGGGUGAGUGUCCCUGUUUCCCCAACUUAGGUUGGCUGGAGGGGAUAUUUUGGAACUAUGAAAAUCUUACGAUUUGUUGGUGCGUGAUUGUUGUUAAAAUUACUGCCACUUUUCACACAGAUGAAUUACUGGUUUCUAAAGCAGUAGGGAAGUGCAAUGUCCCUUUUCAUAUUGUACACGUUGUGAAUGUUGUAGGCAUGUGGGUGAGUGUCCCUAUUCCCCCAACUUAGGUAGGCUGGAGGGGAUUGCAUUUUGCGCAGUUGCUCUUGGAGUCCUGGUUAGAUCUAAAAUAAUAUAUAAUCUUCUCCUCGACGUUAGCUACCAUCAACAAAAACCCCUCACAGGACAAAUUUACAUAGGGAUCAGAAUUCGUCCGACCUCGUGUAAACGCAGUCUGAAAAUGAAUAUUUAUUAUUUAGGUUUGAAAAUUGAGAUCAAUCACUGUGGCGAGGCUAAGAGAAAAUAUCGUGUGUUCGGCGUGACUCGAGAGCCCGCGUGUAUAUUGACCUUCCCUAGGACGCAUGAGAAUGGACAGAGCGAGGAGAUCACAGUUCAGAGAUAUUUCUUGGAGAAAUAUAAGAGAAAUUUACUGUAUGUAGCAAAGUAGUUUCAUAUUAUUCUCAGGGUUCGUACAAAGCUUGAAAGUCCUUGAGUUUGAAAAAUGAAAUUAAAGGCCUUGAGUGUCCUUGAAUUCAUAAAGAAGUGCUUGAAAGUCCUUACAUUCUUCUUAGUUUUUUUGAUUUUCUGAAAUUGUUCGACAUACGACCAUCGAACCUACGACCUUUGGAAUACUAGCCCAAUGCUCUGCCAACUGAGCUACGCGGUCAGGUCGGUUCGAGUAAGUGAUAUUUCGGAACAGAAUGUAGUUCCUUCGAUACCAAUGUAAUCUUGUAAUCUGAUUUUUUUCUGUGCUGGUGUUGUGUACUCAGGUGAAUAUGAUAUGUUUGUGAUGUUACUCUGAGUGUAUAUCCACACCGGGCGAGCUUGAAAAAUAUGCCCGGCCACGGUGGGAUUCAUAUGUUUGAAAUUUAUUAAGACUGCCGUAUGAACAGUUUAACUACGCUUCUUUCUGUGAUUUCUAACACAUUUUCACCCUGAAUUCCCUGAUACAUGGCCUUGCAAGUCCUUGAAUUAUACUUUUCCUAACUUGUACAAACCCUGAUUAAAGUCGUAAUAUCAUUGCAUGGAACGUAUACAGUUUGUUUUUAAAAGAAAAUUGAAGAAAUAUUCUACUUUUUUAUUUGACUCUAAGGGAUUUGCACGUUUUCUGUUGUUUUGUAUAUAGGUAUGGCCAUCUGCCUUGUCUUCAAGUUGGUCAACCACAGAAACAAACUUUUCUUCCUCUCGAAGUGUGUUCCAUAGUCUCUGGUCAACGAUGUACGAAAAAAUUGACAGACAAACAGACAACAAAGAUGAUAAAAUGUACAGCUAAACCUGCUCCAGACAGACAACAGGAGAUUAUCGGGCUGGUGGGUGGAACAUACCGAUAUACCCUGAUAUUUAUCUAACUGAGAACCCUAGAGGUCCAGGAAGGAUCAUUCCUUGUUGAUCCAGUGUUACUAUAGGAGGAAACAUACACUAAACUAACUAUAUUUAUACUGGAUAACUCUGGCAGUUCUAAACUGUUAUUCCUAGAGGUCCAGCAAGGAUCAUCUCUUAUUGAUCCAGUGUUACUACAGGAGGAAACCUAAACUAAACUAACUUUAUCUAUACUGGAUAGCUCUAUCAGUUCUAAACUGUUCUCCAUAGAGGUCCAGUAAGGGUCAUCUCUUAUUGAUCCAGUGUUACUACAGGAGGAAACCUAAGCUAAACUAACUUUAUUUAUACCAGAUAGCUCUAUCAGUUCUAAGCUGAUCUCCCUAGAGGUCCAGUAAUGAUCAUCUCUUAUUGAUCCAGUGUUACUACAGGAGGAAACCUAAACUAAACUAAACUAAACUAACUUAUACUGUAGAUAGCUGCAUAGCUCUAUCAGUUCUAAACUGUUCUUUUAAUUCUGUUUACUGACAAGUAUGUAUCUUGUUUUGUAUGUUUGUCAGAUGCACAAAGCAAAUUUCUCCAAUGACAAACAUUGUCAAGAGUUUGGCAUAACUGUUCAACAACAGAUGGUCUCGCUCACUGGAAGAGUUUUACCACCGCCUAAACUUGUCUUUGGUGGUCGAGUAAGUGUAGAAUUCCUGUUAAAUUCAAACAAACCUAAGCAUAACCUCGAAAUAGGAAUUUCGAAACUAAAAUAACCAGGUCAAUAUACCAGUAUAUCUUAUAUAUUGUAUCUUCUAUUUUAGGAGAAGGUCACAGAAGUUCCUCGCAAUGGUAAGAAAAUGUUUUCAUGAAAUGUAAACUGCUCUUUACUGUAAAUUUCUCGCCGACUCCUGUCCCACAGAUAUUUAUGCUUAUUAUAUAAAGAGAUAAAGCACAUACUAAAACAAUAGAGUAUAUUAUGGGGGGAAAGAUUAUACUAUAGCGCGAAUUUUACGUGUGGACAUGAUCUGCAAGCAUUACGCAUACCUAAUUAUAUACUUAGCCUAUAGCAGGGCUUGAAUUUUAUCGUGGCAAUUGCCGUAGAGGGAGAACAAAAUGCCGUGGAUUAUUUGCCGUAUAGUGCAAUUUUUAUACUAUUCACUUUGCAUUACUAUUUUGAUACUUGAAUGUUGAUCAAAUCAUGCGUAAACUACUAUUUUACUCUCAGUUUUCUUCGAAAAAAAAAACACUAAAGAAAUACGUAAACAUGUUUCUAGCUUGUCAGCAAUCCAAAGCAACAAUAAAAUUAAAUUUUUAGUAAAGUAAUUUGAAAAAUGCCAUGGAAACUGCCAAAAUUGCCGUAGACAGCUGUUACGUUCUACGGCAAUAUUUAACGCCAUUGCCGUCGACUGAUUUCAGGGAAAUUCGAGGCCUGGUCUAUAGACUAUUGUAUCUUUUAAGGCCCAUUUCCUUUCAGGACAGUUUUGUGCAGAAAGAAAAUAUUGUAAAAUGCGAUUGGCCGACACAAAUUUUUCGUCGGAAAAAAAUGUAACGAUGAUGAUAUUUUCGGAAAAUAUUCUGUCCGUGGAAAUUUUUUUUGAGUGGAAAUGGGCCUUUGACAUUACUUUCUCAGUUCAGUUUCUGUGUUUAUCCUAACCCAUCCUUUCCAUAUGGGAGGAAACCGGAGACCCCGGAGGAAACACACGACAUUCGGCAGAGUGUUGACUGUAGGAAUGUUCGGUUUGAGAAAUUUCCGGUAUCGGUAUACCGAAAAAAUUAUACCGAUAUUAUCGGUCUUCCUGAAGGAAAUUUUUAAUAGUUCUAAAAGGGAAAACGAUCAUUUCGAAGCUGUUUCGAACAUGUUUCGAACGACACGUACUCAGUGUAAAAUCUCACUGAAGUGGAAAUUCUAAAUCAUUGCAGUAGAAAGUUCUUUGAAUAAUUGCCAUUCAGUAGUAAAAUAUUUCGCCAUAUAGUUGGUAAAUUUAACACGGUAUACCGAAAAAUUCCGGUAUAUCGGAAAAAUCGGUAUAUCGGUAUGGUUAAAUAUCCGGUAUCGAUAUACCGAUAUUGAUUUAAUACCGACAUUUUCGGUAUAUCGGUAUACCGAACAGUCCUAGUUGACUGACUCUCUUCACAUGAGUGGACAACGGGAGAAUCGAACCCACGAUCUCAUAGCGAAAGGCGACCGAAGACCCAGCCUUGUUGUACCGUCAGGUAUCCGGCAAAACGGUUUCCGGCACAUCCCUAUCCGCCUUGCCGCCACAUACACCUUUAUCUUUUUGGUGUUUUUCAGGUGUUUGGGUGAUGAAAGGCAAGCAGUUGUUUCACGGUGUAGAGAUCAAGGAAUGGGCGAUAGUAUCGUUUGCGCAUCCGAGAAAAUGUAGCGAAGACAAUUUGAGAAAUUUCACUCUGAAACUGACGAGGACUGGAAACGACUCGGGCAUGCCUGUCUCUCCUCAACCUUGCUUCAUUAGAUAUGCAAGAAACGAUAAGGAGGUACAUAUGCGGACGAAAGUGAAUUUAAUCAUUCUGUGGGUUGGUCACGGCCAAGCCAUCAUCUUGUUUCAUAUUGUGUAUUGUCUUCUAAAGGUUGGACCGUUGCUGACUCACAUUAAAACCUCGUUUAAAGAUGUUCAAUUGAUCAUCGUCGUACUUAAUGGCAAGAGCAUGGUUUAUGGUAAGAAUGACACCUUUUACAACGUUCAAUUUUUAUAUCGUAUAGUUUUCUUAAUUCCGUCCAAAGGGCUGAUAGAAAUAUACAAUAAACUGUACCAUAUUGGCAGCUUUAUAAGUGACUACAACGGAUUGAUGUUUGAUAUCUGAACUAUUAACUUUUACGGGCAUGCUAUUCAUCAAUGUAUUACCGCACAUAAAACUGGGUCGUCGGUGGCGCGAACAUCAUAGCAAUCGCCUUUCGCCUCUGAGAUUGUGUGUUCGGUUCUCGCUAUGGACUUAUGCCACUGAUGCAGGGUGUUAGCCAGGAUUUCAAAAGUGGCCGUCCAAAAUAAUUUUGUGGGCGUGGUCACAUUUUUUGGGCGUGGUCGCAAUUUUUUGUUGUGGAAUUGUGGUGUUCUAUUCGUAGAACCUUUUUACUUUUAUAUGCACAUUUCCGUCAUUAAAUUAAUAAAAGCACACAUAUAUGGUAUGAACCAUAUGAUCACUACGAUGUAGGGUCAGUAUAUGCUAUAAUGAAGAACCCAAUACAGCAGCUAGUGUAGUGCUUAGUUAUUUUUUUUAUAAAUCGCCGAUAUUUUCCCCCUUUUUUAUGCGUUUGGCUUAUUUUAUAGCCAUCGUUAGUAUUUUCUCUUUACCGUAACUGCAACUCUAAAGCAGGUGGCGCUCGAGCAAUAAAGCGACUGCCGGUUUUUAAAACAGCGGUUUCAAAUUGUUCUCCUUAAUAAUACUUCAUGCGAGAAUCAUCAACAUGGUUACAAAAACAUGUCGCGUUUGUCGAUACUUCAAUUCAGCCAUAUUCAACGUGUUUUCGACGGGAAAAAGUAUGAAAACAUAUACCAUAAGUAAAGUAAACAGCAGAUGACAACAAUUAGAAGUAUUCAAGAAAUAUUACAAAACUUGUAAAUUGCUAUUUAAAGAAAAUAUUCCCUUAGGCCGUCCAUGGCCGUCCAUUAAAAUUUAGCCGUCCGAAUUCAGAAGUGGCCGUCCGUAGGACGGUCGGACGGCCGCCUGGCUAACACCCUGCACUGAUGUGAAAAGAGUCCGUCAACGCUCUACCGAAAGUCUUGGGUUUUCUCCGGGUACUCCGGUACCUCCCGCAGGGAAUGUUGACAGGGUGUGUUGGCAUUAUCCCCUAUUAACCGACUCCUCCACCGUAGUUGUGCUCCGUGAUCAGACAUGAGUCAUAAGGUGGCUGUUAAAGGCUCGCUUAGUAAGCCUUUGACUGGAUCAGGUUGAGCUGCGUCCAUCGCAAUUCAGCUUAGCUCUCAGCUGCAAGUAAGGAUGAUUAGCACACACCUAACUUACUUAAUACUGUACCUAACAUAUCUAAAAUUGCCUAUUUCCAUAGCUCCAGCGACUUAACGUUCCAUAUAACGUCUCGUUUGUGUUAUCUUUCAGCGGAAGUGAAACGCAUUGGUGAUACAUUACUCGGUGUAGCAACUCAAUGUCUUCAGUUAAAGAACGUUGUAAAUCCAAGCGGACAGACCUUGGCGAACCUUUGCUUGAAGAUCAAUGUCAAACUGGGUGGAAUUAACACCAUCUUGGCUCCAGAGAUCAGGUAUACUUUAUAUUGUUAAGACUUUAUAUUUAAGGCGAGUUAUAUGCUGGGUAUGGCGGAUAAUCCAAGAGAGCAUAUAUACACACAAUUUAAGACCUAUUCAGGAACGGUUACGAAAAAUUCAACACUAGGUCCUCUGGCAGGAAUUGAACCUGCGAUCCUGCGAUUCCGGUGCAGAGCUCUAACCAACUGAGCUGCAGAGGCCAGUUGUCGAGCUUUAACCACAAGUUCGUGUAUAUAUAUAUAUAUAUAUAUAUAUAUAUAUAUAUAUAUAUAUAUAUAUAUAUAUAUAUAUAUAUAUAUAUAUAUAUAUAUAUAUAUAUAUACACGAACUUGUGGUUAAAGCUCGACAACUGGCCUCUGCAGUAUUAUUAUAUAUAUUCGGGUGUGCGGGUUGUACUUUUUCUGCUUGGCUGUUCAAAUGACACAACCGCAAAACAUGUCUUGGCGAGGGAGCCUGUCUGAUCGACUGAGCUAUCCAGUAGAAGCUGUUAAUUUUGUUCAAAUCUAGUUACGCAUGCUCCUUUUCAUCGACAGUUUUAAAUUCAAUGUUCUGUGUUGUCUUACUGUUUUCCAGGCCCCCAUUCUUCAAACAGCCAGUGAUAUUCUUUGGAGCUGACGUCACACAUCCAACUGCAGGAGACGAAAAGAAGCCUUCGAUUGCCGCUGUAAGUGCUUCAGUUAUGUCAAGGUGUUGCCCAGAAACCAAAACAUAUUAAAGAAAAAUUUGCUAGUGCUCUACUACAAAUUGGGUACUUUAAAAGUCAUCGUCUCCUUAUGGACUUAUCAAAUCAUGUUUUGUUUAGGUUGUUGGAAGCAUGGACGCCCAUCCGAGCCGCUACAGCGCUUCAGUCAGAGUACAAACGCAUCGUCAGGUAAUGAUUAUAGUCGGAUUGCCUCAUGGCGAUCCUGCGUGCCCACGAUCUAAAGCGCUCCCCGAAUGUCAUAUUUCAGUUGUUGCUGCCAGCUAUAUAUAAAGGAAAAUACUUGCCAGGAUUUUACCUACAGUUUAAGAUUUUGCGAGUGUUUCUAAAUUCCAGGGCGUGUACCAGACAAUUACCCAGAAUAGCCAUAUGCGCGGUUAUGCUCGGCUAUCCAGUUAUGGUCGGCAGCAGCAGACUACAUAUACGGGUUUUUAUGUGACUGACAAUAUACAAUGAUGUUUGUGGUGUUACUCUCUGAGUGUGUAUCCACACCGGGCAAGCUGAAAAGUUUGCCUGCCCACGGUGGGAAUCGAACUCACGACUUUUGGGAUACCAGUCCAAUGCUCUACCAAGAGUCUCUAAUAAGUCAUUGUAUAUUACUUUUUGUGUGUGUUGGUGUUAUGUACUCAGGUGAAUAUGAUGUUUGUGAUGUUACUCUGAGUGUAUAUUCACACUGGGCAAGCUGAAUAGUUUGCCUGACCACAGUGGGAAUCAAACCAGUGACCUUUGGGAUACUAGUCCAAUGAUCUGCCAUUCCCACCAUGGUCAGGCAAACUUUUCAGCUUGCCCAGUGUGGAUGCACACUCAGAGUAACACCACCAACACACACGUAAAAGUAAUAUACAAUGACUUAUUAGAGACUCUUGGGGGCAUUUAAAGCUGUAUUUCCUAACAUAUACACGGUUGCCACUACAUACAUACAUACACCUAACCUAAAAACAUCACGGAUCAUUCUAUGACCCUAUCAAUUUCCGCAAUCUAGAUUUUACAAACUUCCUCAAGGCAUAAAUAAGAGCAAAUUCUACGUAUGAAAGCACACGGAGCGUGUCAUGGGGCAGUCAUGUACAGCGUUUUGAUCUGUGGUAUCCCUUUUAGGAAAUCAUUGGAGAAUUAUCAUCCAUGGUUCGUGAAUUGCUGAUCCAGUUCUAUCAAGCUACCAACCAUAAGCCGUGUCGUAUUAUCUUUUAUCGAGAUGGCGUCAGUGAGGGACAGUUUGAUCAAGUGAGGAUAACAUGCCAAUGCUUGUACGAUCUUGGAAAAAAUAUCUGUAGACUUUUCGAAAAAUACACUCAAAUCUGAAAACAUGUAAUGAAAAUCAACUAUUUACCUUAACCCCCCCCAGGUAAAGUGAAUUUGCAACACAAAUCUCCAUCAUUGUAUAAGGGGCGGGGGACAAAGUUUGUGUAUUAUUAUUUUUCCAGGAUUGUAGAUAUAUAUUCUUUGAAGAGGUAGGGCCUUCAUACUGGAAACCACAUAGCGGGCCAAAAUUCAUGUUUUUAUUAAACUACUUCGGACGAUUUUCAAUGAAAUUUGAAAAUUAUGAGGCACCGUCUUAAAAUAUUCAUCAUUAAUUCGGCGUUGAUUUUCAGGUUAUUUCUCACGAGCUGAAGGCUGUGCGCGAGGCCUGUCUGAAGUUGGAGUCUGGCUACAAGCCUGGAAUUACCUUCAUUGUUGUACAAAAACGUCAUCACACGAGGUUAUUUUGUGUCAAGAAAGAAGAUCAGGUGAGUUGCGAUGAGAUCCGCUUCCCACUAUUACAUGUGCUAGAAUUAGAGAAUAAUAACAUGAAUACUAAGCAUCUAGUUACGGGAACCACUGAGUAUUUUAUAAAGUACAAAAGAACUCCAAAUAACAUUUUGUAGCUUUAAUGAAUCUACGUUUCGACUGUAUUUUAGUCAACGUCAGGACAGAUUACUGAGAUUAGUUAAGAUUAUUACAUGCUGUAAGAUAUUGAUAGAUCUGAUCACUGGUCCCUACUAUUAUAUAAAGAAUCCCUUGCAAUUGACCAUUUGCGUAAUAGACUAAAUUUUGAACUAAACAAGUCUAGACAAAAAUUUCAUCACAGCUUGAAGGAGCAUCACAAAAUUAGUAAUAUUCCAAAGUUUCGUUGCAAAAUGUUGUAAAAUGCGGAUAAUAUAGCCUUCCGAAAUUUGCAAUUUUCAGUCAUUUUAGAUUACAAACGGGAAAUUGACAGCCCCAAACCCUUCGAGGCUGUCAAUUUCCGAUUUGUAAUCUAAAAUGACUGAAAAUUGCAAAUUUCGCAAGGCUAUAUUUUCCGCAUUUUACAACAUUUUGCAACGAAACUUUGGAAUAUUACUAAUUUUGUGAUGCUCUUUCAAGCUGUAAUGAAAUUUUUGUUGAGAUCAAAAUUUAGUCUAUUACGCAAAUGGUCAAUUCGCAGAAGAAAACCAGAACUUAACCACGGCGCCAAGGCUUCAAAGGAACUGAUCAUAUUUCAGUGACACUAUUAAGCUCCCCCCUGUUAACUUAAUCUGUCCUGACGAUGACUAAAAUAUAGUCGAAACGUAGAUUCAUUAAAGCUACAAAAUGUUAUUUGGAGUUACUGUUCUUUUGUAUUUUACUAAGCAUCUGUACUCUGUUUUUAGUGCGGUCGAAGUGAUAACAUUCCACCUGGAACAAUGGUGGACAGUGGUAUCACUCAUCCAACAGAAUUUGAUUUCUACCUUUGCAGUCAUUUUGGAGUUCAGGUAACCCCCCGCCCCAGAAAACUGUGAAAAUCAGGUGCCUCAGAUUGGCUAAAAAUGCAAUUGCCAUGCAACAUUUGUUGCUACAUUUACACACUAUCGUGUUAUUAAAAUGGAUGCACUUAUAAUUGCAUUUCUAUAAGAUAGCUAUGACGUUUAGCCAAGGUUCUCUCCAUUUUAUAUUUUAAUAACUUUUUCAAUUGCAUUUUAUUUUCUCUUCAUUUGAAUGAAGGGUACAAGCAGACCAUCUCACUAUCAUGUGUUGUGGGACGAUAAUAAUUUCACUGCGGACGAGAUUCAGGCGCUGACGUACCAACUCUGUCACACGUACGUGCGUUGUUCCAGAUCUGUGUCGAUACCCGCACCCGCGUUUUAUGCGCAUCUUGUCGCGUUUCGAGCACGAUAUCACUUGCAGGAGAAAGAGACCGCGAGGUGAGUUUAUUCCGGUAGGGUUUAACCCCGGUAGCAAUUUCAGCGUCGGUAGUCUCCAAGACCAAAAAAAUUCAAAGACUUUCAAAGAUAUUUUCUGCCUAUUUUCAAAGACUUUUCAAAGACCUUUGAGAGUAAUCAGCUGUCGAAAAAUUGCGAAUGUAAGCACCAUUUUUACCCAGUAAUUAGUCCUGUCAAAUCACAUCCUAAAAUGUGCCUUUUCGUCGAUAUUUGCGAAAACUUUGCUUCAAUCAAUCUAUUUUAUUAGCUAGGAAAUCGUAUAAUCAAAUACUCACUAAAGAAUUUAAAGACUUUCUUCGCUUUUUCACACAAUUCAAAGACCUUAAAGACCUACAUUCAAAUUUAAAGACUUUCAAGGAUUUCAAAGACCGCUACGAACCCUAAAUUUUAACCCAGAUGGCCGCCAGUUUUUAAGAUCAUUAAAACGUAAAAGAAUCGACAACCAGCCACUUACAACAAUACUAAACUUUACCCUCACCCACACCUAACCCUAACCCCCACACUAACAUACUAACCCCCACACUUAUCCUAAUACUAACGCAAACUCUUAUUUCAAUUUUGGAACCAUCUCGUAAACUACCUCCCGUCCAUCCCUUUUAGACACUACCCAUACAGAAUGCCGCAAAACAGCGCCAUAAUUCGUCAUCAAAAUGCACUCUACAUAUUCGUAGCCAGUGUACGCCAUUGAACUAUAGCACAGAAUAAAGACAUACAGAAGUGUAACUUCCAUUACAAAACCGUAAGGCGCUUUUUUACCGAAAUAGCUGGCGGCCAUGUUCUUAGCAUGUGCCCUAAAGAGAGGCAUUCACCCCCCUGGAAUAUUAAAUUUUCAAUAUAUUUUCAGGGGGGUGACUGCCUCUUUUUAGGGCACUUGCUAAGAACAUGGCGGACUGAAAAAAUCCCUUACGUACUUUUAAUAAGAAGAUACACUUCUGUAUGUCUUUAUUCUGUGAACUAUGGUGUGCGCUUAUGGGAGGCAUUUACCCCCCCCCCCCCAUCCUGAACGUUCACCAUUUCGAAUAUUUUCAUUUUAUUCCCCAUGUUAUCUUUCAUCUCAUUUUCGACGUUUUCUAGCUCAACAGAUACGAAGAAAGAGCUGACUGCGGAGUUUCAAGCUCAUGCUGUUCAAGUUCAUCCCAAUUCCCUCAAGUACAUGUAUUUUGCUUGACAUGCCUAUGUGCUGCUGUUUUUUCACAAGAUAUCAGGGAGAAAGGCGUAUAUAAUCGCAGUCGUACGCCCUGGUCGCUACAUCCCAGUAGCAUAGAUAUUUGCCCAGGAGCAGUUGUAUAAAACGUAGCCGAAAUUAACUAUUGUUAGUGCGAAAGUUAUAACCACUCAAAAGCGCGUAUUUUAGAGUUAACUUUAAUUUAAUUACGACAUAGUGGUUAAAAAGUUGUUAACAGUUCCAGGCAAUUUUUUAACGCGAGGAAUGUUAUGAGGUAUUUGGAAAACUUUGGGCUCAGUCAGAGUUUUAUUUUGCCAUAGGCCUUUAUCGCCUGCCUCGUACCCAGGCGCAAAUUGAUCCACGCGGCCCAUACGAGGCAGCUUUAUCCACGUCGUUUGAGUAGAUUAAGAUUUUUAGAGACCUUACGAUUUUAGGACGGCAACGCGACGACGACGGCCAAAACAAACUCCUUCAAAUAAAUGUAGUAAAGAUAAUUCGUCGUGUAUUAUCAAUCGUAUGAAUACAGUCUUAGAAGUUGAAGACAUGGGUUUUAUGGUUGGGAAGAGUUCUGCUAAACCCAGUUUGAAAUUGCACUUGUUGCGACUUGGAAUGCAGGCGUUGUAUCAAGACGUGAAAAUAUGUUUUUUGGCGUUGUAAACAGAGCGAGGAGAAUGUCUAAAUUAUUCAUAUACUGUAAUUAUUCAAUUCUUUUCAAUGAUUUAUUGUAUUGGUAUAGCUGUUGCCGUCUUAAAAUCGUAAGGUCUCUAAAAUUAGCAAGGUAACGACGACCGCUAGGGGACUAGAAUUUAGGGUGCUAAGUGGCUGCUCGUAUGGAGCCGGGCUGGCCCGUUUAACCAGGAUGAUUUGUUUAAUAAAGCUCUUAUCACGGCUUUCAUAUAAACACCCAAAAUGAUAUUUCAAAGUUGAAUUAGGUUAGUUUCAUUUCAGUAACGGUAUAAAGUUCAUUCAAACAAUUUUUUUAUGGUCAGGAAAAACAAUUCUUCACAAAAUUCAUCCCGGCUCAUAUGAACAGCCCCUAACGCCUCUAUUCUAAAAGCACACUGAAAGAGUAGAGGUUCAAUCUGAGCUUCCCUUGAGUGCCAGUAAUGUUUUUGAAUAGCUGAAGGGUUAAGCCCUGGGCAAACUAGGAAGCAUUAAUUGUUGUGGAAACAUUUGUGAUUCUCGAUGUUUCCUCAAAUGUUUCCCUGUUUGCCCACCCGUGGAAACAUUGUUGCGGAAACAAAUUUGCUUCCCGAGAAGCAAAAAUGUUCCCUAGCAAAUUCAGAAACAUUUGAUGCGACUACUCACCCUCGAGCUAUUCAUAAACAGCAUUGACAGUCAAGGGAACCUCGUAUUGAACCUCCAUUGUUGUGAGCGAGCUUUUAGAAUACAGACGUAAGACUAAGUGGUGUUUGCAACAAGUAAAUUUGUAGGAUAAAUUUGUAGGUGAGCCUUUGUAGGUGAACCAUGCAUUGGUAAAUUUUAUUUGAUGGAUGUCCAUAUUUUAGAUUUCAUAUAAAUUCUGCUGUUUCUAAAACUGACUGAAUUAUUUGAAAAGUUGUAAUGUAGUUAGUCAAUGAAAUAUACGGCGUUCAAAACGUCAAUUCAUUA